CUCCCUUUGACUAUGACAUUGAUCAUUUGAUGUCAUCUGAAUAAUCAUAGACCUGAAUGUAUUGCAGGCUUCCCAAGUCUAAGCAAUAUCCAGAGCUAUAAUAUAUAAAUAUAAUAUAUAUACUAGAUCUAAAUCUAUAUAGAGAUCUAGAUCAUUACAUGAUUAUGGAAUAGAUAGAACCCUUCUAAGAUUUCUAUUCUAAGUUCUAGUCUAGACCAUGUCAAAGUCAAAAUGUGAUAUCUUAUAGUCUUAAGUCUAUAACAUAACUAUAUUCACUAUAGACUCAUAGAGUAUAGACAGUGUCUAUAGACAUACUGAGUCAUACUCACAUAGACUUUAUAUUAUAUAAGUAUAAUAUAGAUCUAGACUAGAGAUAAGUUUCGUAUUACACUUUUAAGUAGACUUUAAAAAUAGAUCUAAAUUAUAGAUAAAAUCUAUAUUUUAUGUUCUAGAUCUAGAUUCUAGUUUAUAUCUAAUCUUAUCUUGUCUAUAAUCUACUUAAAAUUAAUUAUUAAUAUAGGAUUUCUAGAUUAGAAUCUAGACUCUAUAAAUAAUGUAAAUUCUAUAUAUAGUAGAGUCUAUAUCAGUUCUUUUCUAGUCAGUCUAGAAUAGAUUUUAGUCUGCCUAGACUAGUCACUAAGUCAGCCAACAAAAAAUGUUCAGUCUGACAGAGACAGAGUAACACAGAAUAAAUAAAGUCAAAAUAACACUAAUCGUUUUUUCAGUUAUAUCUAACAAUCUGCUGUCAAGAUGAAGAUUUUGUUAUUGUAAAUGUCUAGAAAUCAACACCUGAGUAUUAUCAGUAGUGAUGCAGAGUUCAAAGUGUUGGAGUUUUAGUAGUUCCCCUUUCAGACAGUGUUAUCUAUAGAGCAGAGAUGAUGUUAAAGUCAGCUGUUUCUUCGGCCAACUGUUAACAAGCAGGGUAUCAUGUGGCCAAUUGCUUUUACUUUCCCCAACUAAGUCAGGUACCCAUAGAGUUUGGUGGACUCACUCAGGAAUGCUGAAAUUCAAAAUAUCAAUCUUCACAGAAAUUCGAACCGCUUAACCACUCAACCAUACUGAAUAAGCAUAUGUUUGGUACAGGUUAUGAUGGCUACAUUACUACAGCUGGAUAAAUGACUGCAUGAUUAUAAAUUUUAUAUAUAUAUAUAUAUAUAGAGAGAGAUUCUAACUGCCUAAGAAGAAUGUCUCCAUGGGCAUGUUUCCUCAUUAUGUUCUCAAGCUUAAACCGUGCUCAGCCAAGCCUUUGUCACACAACAAUAACAAGAGUUAUCCAACAAAAUGAUGAACUCAGGGCUCGGCAAUGGAGUUCAUGGCUCCAUGACAGGAUCAAUAUCUCAUAUCAAUCACAGCAUGAUGGAUGAUGAUAUGAGUGACAAUCCUUCUUCACCAGAGAGUGCAUUUGAUGCCUCAGAUCUUAUGCACAGCUCCAUGCACGAUGAAGUCACAGCACAGUUAGCUGCAGCAGGUCCUGUUGGAAUAGCUGCAGCUGCUGCCAUAGCAACUGGAAAAAAGAAAGGUCAUCCACAUCAGUUUGAGACAAAUCCAUCCAGGAGAAAAAGACAGCAAACCAGAUUGCUGAGAAAGUUAAAGAAUACAAUAGAAGAGUAUACUACCAGAGUUGGCCAGCAAGCUGUUGUCCUUUGCUGUACACCUGGUCGUACACCUGGCACCACCAGUUCCAUGUACAAAGUAUUUGGCUCACAGCCGUUAGAAAAUGUGAUUCGAAGCUGUAGGAGUGCAGUUACACAAGAAUUAGAAAAUGCCUUGCAAGAGCAGGCUGCACACCAUCAAGGAGACACAACACAUCUGCAUGAGUUACCUCCACUUGUUAUAGAUGGCAUUCCUACUCCUAUUGAUAAAAUGACACAGGCCCAGCUCAGAAAUUUCAUUCCAGAAAUGUUGAAGUAUUCCACCUGUAGAAGUAAGCCAGGCUGGGGUAAGCCAGAAUGUCGCCCUCCAUGGUGGCCUGCUGAUCUGCCUUGGGCUAAUGUUAGAAGUGAUGCCCGCAGUGAUAAAAGGGUAUCAUGGACAGAAGCUCUAAGGACAAUAGUGAAAGACUGUUACAAACAUCAUGGCCGCGAAGAUCUGCUUCAUGUGUUCAGCGAUGAAUCAAGUACUUCAACACAGCAGACUAGUGCUCAGUUUGCUGGUACAAUGCUUCAGACCAUCAACAAUCCUGAUGGGACAGUGUCCAUUAUUCAACUUGACACAGGUCCAUCUGGAAAUUCUGUGUUUACAUUGCCUGAUGGAACUCAGGCCACAGUUGUUCAUGCAGUCAGUGCUAGUCACCACAUCAACAUGACUGAGGCCAACCAAGCUGUUCAAACCCUGGCUGAAGUAGCAGCUAGUCAACAAGAAGUGUCUGCUUCAGGUCAAGUCAAUCCAGUCAGUGUUGAAAUGUCUGAUGGCCAGACCCUUCAUCCGUUUACAACUGCUACCUUUAACCAAAAUGGUCAGCUAAUACUGUCAGGAGAUGGGUCAUUAGGCAGCUUACAAGGAAUUGUGACUAUUCCAGCAUCAAUGUAUCAACAAAUGACAGGAUUAACUCUUCCAGACUCUGCACAAGGAAGCAUACAACAAGUGUUAACAAUGGCUAGUGUUAGCAACCUGAAAACAGAAGUUCCUGAAGUGUUACAAGGAGUUGAGGUCACUAGUGCGGACCAUCUGAAUAACUAAACUUUCUCGCUACUAAUAAAGGUCUCUUCCAAUAUUUGAGUCAAGCAAAUUUGUAUAUAAACUUUACAACAUACCACUUGUGUAGAACACGAAUUUUUUUUUUUACACUCUUUUAAAAAGUCAAUGGAAUAGUUCUGUUUGGACAGGGGUUCUCAACCUGUGGGUCGCGACCCCUUGUGGGGUCGAUUGACGAUUUGUCAGGGGUCACCUAAGACCAAUGAAAAUAUGGACUGUAUUUUGUCUAUUCUUCUAUUUCUGUGUGUGUGUGGGGGGGGGGUCGCAGCAGAGUGGGGGAUAGUAAAAACGGGUCGCCGAGCUUAAAAGGUUGAGAACCGCUGUGUUAGAUGUGAAAGAGCUGGUGGCAUCUUUCAUCAUCUCCUUUGUCUGACUAGUAUUCUAAUGAAAGCAUCCAACUACCCCACACACUGAGCUGGACUUGUGAUAUUCUUGUCAUUUUUGUUUUUGGAAUGUUAUUCCAUGUAAUUAUUUGAAAUCAUCAUGUUACAUUUGUCUUUGUAAUUAAAAGUGAAUUUUUAACAAA